UCUACAUUGCAAUAGACUAAUAUCGUAUGUAUGGAACAUGACAAUUGCAUUAAUGCUGUCGGAGGUUACAGUCUGACUUUGUUUAAUAAGACCAGCAACAAGGAUAUUUUUGUUUCUUUUUGUUUCUAUACAAGCUGCCACAUACCUCAAUAUGCCACGUCAAAAUGACCCGGAUUUUCCACAGUCAGAGCUUGAAAUGAUUGAACAAGCAAUGAACAGCAUGGUUCAAGGAACUUUCAACAUGCUCUUUCAUACUCUUUUGGGUCCCGAACAGAAUGGACCGACAGUAACUACCUUUGAGACUAACAGCAACGGCGUUCAACCACCGGGAAUGCUUGGCGAUGGAAGCGAUUUCAGAAAACUUUCCAGCAAAUCUCGCCAAAGUCGUGGAACACUUCCAUCAAAUGAGAACAACAGCGUUAUUGACGAUGAACAGCAGCAAGAAAACGCCCCGCGAUCGGCAUCAGUAAUAGUACAAGAUCCAGAACUCCACAAUCAACAAAACCAACAUCAUAUGGGCCCUCCACCCAUGACCAACAUUUUGCAAUUCAUGUUUGGCAAUCCUAGUGGACAAGCUGCACCAGGAGACAGUGGUACUGGUACUUUGUUGGAUUUGAUGCUACCAUCGAACGAUCGUCUUUUCAAUUCAAUGGAGGACCCUGAGAUACUUGCGCAGCCACGGCAAGUGGUCGAGGAUUCAACCUCUCCCCAAAACAGCAGUUGGUCUUUUUCAUCAUCUUCUCAGCGCCGAGUUGUCAAGGCAGAUGGUACCGAAGAAACCUAUAUGACUCGUACACAAAACGGGAUCACUGAAACCAUAAAGAGAAUCAAAUAUCCGGAUGGAUCCAUGGAGGAAUCAAAGGAGACAGAUGGAAGUAAAAACAGUGGUAUUUUUUCUCGCCUCUCAAGCAUUGACUAUCCCUCGACAACAUUAUUAUCAUCACCACCUUCUGAUCAAAGUCAAUAUCCUUCUGGCGGACCGCUUUCGAGUAUGUGGAAGCGUUUCUUUGGUUAAGCAGUGAUAACAGAUAACUGCUUACAGAAUAUAUCUGCUUAGAGGGUAAUUUUUUCCUUGUACAUAUAACAUCCCCACUCCUUUCACCAUUGUGUGCCUGUAAACAAAAGUAUAUAUUCAGUGAUUAGAGCAAACCACUUCAAAGAAAGACUA